CUGUGCGCCCUCAGUGCGUCACACUGCUCCGCUGCUCGGCAGACAGGCAGACAGAGAGAGAAGGAGGAAAAGAUGUCCGGUAUCAUGCUGCUGUUGGUAUCUCUGAGUUUGUGCUUGUUGUGGGCGACCGACGGCGCGGCGCGGAGCGGGGCACUGAUCCUGCGGGACGCCCUGGAGCGGGGCCCGGUCAGUCUGAACGACAUGUUCCGAGAGGUGGAGGAGCUGAUGGAGGACACUCAGCACAUACUGGAGGAAGCUGUGGACCAGAUAACUACUGAGAGUGCUAAAUCAUCUUUAAAGUCACUGGAUCUGCGUUUGAACUACCACAAUGAGUCUAAGGAGAUGAUAAAGGAUGGAGACAAGGAGACCAUAAAUAAAACAGGAAACCUUCAUACUUCACACAUCCGUAUGGAGAUUUCUGGCAACUGGAACAGUAUGGAUCACGAAUGCAUGGUGGAUGAGGACUGUGGUGACCUGAAAUACUGCCUGUAUGAGAUUGAGAACUCCAAGUGCCUCCCCUGCAUCCCAACAGAUAUGCCCUGCACAAAGGAUGAGGAGUGCUGCUCAGAUGAGAUGUGUGUGUGGGGCCAGUGUACAGUCAACACCACCAAAGGAACAGAGGGCACCAUCUGUCAGGGUCAGAGUGACUGCAGGUCGGACCUCUGCUGCGCCUUUCAACGGGAGCUGUUGUUUCCAGUGUGUAAUCCCAGACCAGAGAAGGGGGAGUCCUGUCUGAGCCACCCAAACCUGCUGAUGGACAUGCUGGCCUGGGACCAAGAGGGACCUCGCGACCAUUGCCCCUGUGCUGACGGCCUCCAGUGCAACCCUCAUGGGCGUGGAUCUGUUUGUGGAGAAUAGUACUGGAGAUGGAGAGAUCAUGAGGACGUUAUACAUAAUGCUGUCUGGGAGCUAUACUAACAUCCUCACUGAGCAGUCAUCAAAGAGCAGCCCACCUGCUGAUCAACACUUUAUAAAAGAAUAGGAUGUUGCUUCAGGACAGGACUUGCACUGUAUUAUUUAUGCUUUACUGCCAAUGUGUAUUAUAAGGAACCAAAUAAAAGACUUGUUUUUAGUUUUUACUGAGAACCAAGAAAAAAGAUGUUGUGGUAUCCACUGAUUCAGUAUGGACACAACAAUUUUUUUGGUGGACUGCAGCAAAGUGGGGCCUGCCCUAUAAACUCUAAAGUCUGUCUCUGA